CGCACUUUCUUUAAUGGUCUUCAGGAGAUGGCUGAUCUUCAUGGCGGCCAGGUAAUGUUCCCAAAACAUAUUACUAUACUAAUGGAUUCUUCUUGGAUCAUAUUUUCAAGUUUUUUUUUUCAUUUAGGUCUCGAAUGCUGCUGAGGUUGCUGGUACAAUGGGGAGGGAGCUUCUUGGUGUAGACGGGGACUUUGAGAGACAGCGGAAAGAGAUUCUGGAGCUAUGGCAAACCUGUAACGUCUCUUUGGUGCAUAGAACAUACUUCUACUUGCUCUUCAAAGGAGAUGAUGAGGCUGAUUCAAUCUACAUUGGAGUUGAGCUGAGAAGACUUUUGUUCAUGAAAGAUCGCUUCUCUAAGGAACACCAAGCCUCGGAAGGAGGAGAAACCUCAACAUUGUCUUCAAGCCGGAAGGCGCUUCACAGGGAGAGAAAGAUGCUGAGCAAGCUUGUGAGUAAAAGGUUUUCAGAGGAAGAGAGGACUAGAAUCUAUCACAAGUUUGGCAUAUCGGUUAACACCAAACGCAGACGCUUACAACUUGUGAAUGAGCUUUGGAGCAAUCCUAAAGACAGGACUCAUGUUGCGGAAAGCGCAGAUGUUGUAUCCAAGCUUGUGAGCUUCACUGAACAAGGCAGAGUCAUGAAGGAGAUGUUUGGUUUGGCCUUCACGCCUCCUUCCUUCUUACAGCUCAGAAAUAGCAAAGUUGGAGAAAAGCAUGCCUUCACUUUUCUAACCAUCUGUUUUCGGCAUUGACAUUAUUAAUACUUUUCUGUUUCUUGUAGGCUAGCUGUGUGUAUAUCUUCUUUUAUGUCUUCUCUUUUUCCUUCUUUUGAUUUUGAAGGAGUCAACAUUGUGUAAUUGAUUUAUUUAUCAGUCAAUAUUAGUACCCGUAAAUUAUGUUGUUAUAGAAAAAUUACCUAAAAUUAACAUGUAAACACAAUCUAAAACGGAAACAUCUAAUGAAAUCUGUUGACCAAAGUUACAGUCAAAUUAAAAAACAGUCAACAGUCAAAUUUCUUUUAUGGAAAAACUCACUACAUAAUAUGGAAGAUUUAUUUGUAUAUAUAUACGUGUGGUUUAGUUCUCUUAACAAAGCACAGAAUCUUAGCUA